GUGAAUGGAGGGGUAGGUGCUAGAGCCGGCGGGAGGCACGGAUCUCUGAAGUGGGGUGCUGGGAGCUGGAUCGCCCCCGUCGCGGCAGGGAGUACGGCCCGCCCUGCGAGGUGGAGUUCACGCCUGCGCAGUGAGGCCGGCUGCGCGAGCGCGGCGGUGCAUUGUGGGAGCCCCGCAAGUGUGUGUGUGAUCUUUUCGGCCGCUGGGUGCUGCUUUCCUACCUGGGGUCCGGCGGGAGCUACCCCAGAGUCCGCGAGCCUGUUUUGCCCGAAGCUAGCCCAAGACCCGGGACCGGGAGGAAGCGCUGGAGCCUGGAGUCUCCCUGGAGUUCGCUCCGCGCCGCCUGGAGGACACAUCUGCCCGGCUCGGCGACCGCCGCUCCCGCCCACCACCCUGGAGCCGCUGAAGGACGUCCACCUGGGCCUGGCUCCGCCUGGCCGCGGCCCGGCUCGCCUUGCCCUCCUCUCCGGCCACUACCUCUACUACCACUACGGCUGCGACGGCCUGGAUGACCGGGGCUGGGGCUGCGGCUAUCGCACUCUGCAGACACUGUGCUCGUGGCCAGAGGGCCGGCCUGCGGGAGUGCCUGGGCUGGCUGCCGUGCAGGCGGCUCUGGAGGACAUGGGCGACAAACCCCCUGGGUUCCGGGGCUCGCGGAGCUGGAUCGGCUGCGUAGAAGCCAGCCUCUGCCUUGACUAUUUCGGGGGGCCCCAAGGGCGCCUAUGUCAUGUGCCCCGUGGAGCCGGGCUUCAUGGGGAACUGGAGAGGCUUUACUCCCACUUCGCAGGGGGUGGGGGGCCUGUAAUGGUUGGAGGGGAUGCGGAUGCCCAGUCCAAGGCCUUGCUGGGAGUGUGCCUAGGGCCAGGCACGGAAGCCUAUGUCCUGGUAUUGGACCCUCACUGCUGGGGUGCUCUAAACAACCCCAGUGAACUACAGGCUGCUGGGUGGGUGGGCUGGCAAGAAGCAAGCAUGGCCUUUGACCCCAACUCCUUCUACAACCUGUGCUUGACCACUUGUAACUCGGAAAAGCAGCAGCACGCCCUGGACUGAGGCUAAGGUCCCAGAACUGAGACGUCUCCAGCUCCAUACAAGCUCACCUACCCCCAUCUCAAAGGCAGAGCCCCCAGGAAAUCCCAGCAGAGCCUGGGACCUUCAGUGUCAAUAAAGUGGCAAGGCCCAGCCAACCAUGGCCCCAGCCAAUCUUUGGGAGAAUUCGGGGAGGUAUACAUACACCAACUCAGGAGUCACUACGGAAGUGCUUUUAUUGGCAGUAGGGCUGAACGUACAAAAAAUUCUCCAAGCUGGAUGGAACAAGGCAGUCACAAGUAUAGAUGAUACCAAGAGUAAGGAAAAGUAGAUGGCUCAAAAGAAAUCCACAUCAUCUGGAGCAUCCAGGUCACGGUAUUCCACAAUGGCCCGUGGGUCUCCACGGACCAUCCUGUGAGAUAAGAAAGAGCUGGAAGCUGCCCAGGAGGAGAGGGGCAAAAACAUGGGCGGGUAUAAGGGAUCAAUGCUACAGAUCAAGUAAGGCCAGAGGUGCCCACGGCAGAUGAGGCAGUACCAGCGGCUUCUUAAAAAGUUCCACCAGGAGACACUGACUGUUGGCAGAGGAGGUGUCCCAGGCUCAGAGGCCCAGAGCUGGGUCCUGUCGUCCAGCGUAUGGAUCAGCUUGGCUGCCAGCUUGAUGUCAUUGCGCACUAUCUGCUUGUGCUGGGUGAUACCGUUGAUGUUGCGGACGCGGCGGGUCAGGUCUCUGUUCACGCCAGGGCUCAGCUCACAUUCCCGGAGCUGGAGGAACAGAAAGUUUACCAGCACCGGCCCAAGAAGAGCCACUCAAAGACUGGCCCUGCUGACAGUGCUAGGGAUUAGACAGCGUCCUGAGGACCGGGACCAGAUGUGUCUCAUUCACGGCAACAGUACCAGAGCCGAACCCAGAGACGACUAUAUACAAUUCGCAUGGGCAGACUAAAUGGAUGAAACAAGGGGCAGAUAAGUGAAGCUACCAACGAACAAAGGAAUCAGAGAUCAAGCAGAGCAUGGAAAGCCCCACUUCCUCUUCCUCUGCAGCCCCACUCCCAGCACUCACUCGGAUAUUCUGCAGGUUCCAACAGAUCUCCUUGAUAUUGACGCUGCGGUCAAAGGUGACCCAACCACGACGGAAAAACCUAAACAAGAAAGAAAAUGUCAGCAAAAUUCUGGGAUGGAGGUGACGUGGGCCACUAAUCUUCCCUUGUACCCUUUCACCAAGGUCUCCAGGGUCACACCUCCCUCCAUUCCUCACCUCCUCUCUGGCUGGGGCUCGGAUAGUGCUACACGCAUAAAGCCUGGGUAUCUUUUACAAAGCUGGAAAAAGAGAAAUAGAAACCCCACUUAGUGACUCAAGGGUUCACUUCCUCCUCCAAUCCCCAUGUCCUCAGAACCCUAGAGAACUGCCUUUUAAUCUUUCCUUGGAAUAAGAAAAAACAAAGGGCUUAAGAAUAAUAGCACUUGAAAGCUAACAGUGCAGUCAGGGCCAGCCCUCGAAGGGCAUGAGCCCAUGGGAAGGGGGCCGCCCUAUUAGGGAAAUAAGGAUGUAUGUAAAAGCAGUGCCAGAUUAUCUUCUCCCUGCCACCCAACUCAAAGGAAUGGAGCAUAGGUGUCUUCCCUGCCCCCGACACCAUUUUCCCCACGCACAGAAAUUAUCUCAGCCCGGGAGAUGUUGGGUGCGAUGUUGCGCAUGAAGAGAGAGCAAGUCUUAUGCAGAGGUCGGGGUUUACAUUCCAGCACAGGAGUGUCCUUAGGCUUCUCCCUUUCUUCUUCCUUAGGCUUCUCCUUUUCCUUGAGUGCUUCUUCUGUGCAGGAAGUGGUAGGAGUUGGUGAAAAUUGAUUGUUAAUUGACGAGAGGAGGAUAGAGAAGCUGUCAGACCUACCCCCCACCAGUCUCUCCCAAAAGGCUACCUUCCCAUCAAUUUCACCAGCCUCUCACCUGUCCCACCCUUGUUCAGUAGGAAGAGACCAGACUACAAGCAGAGAAAAUAAAACCUACCAGCCUCUUCCUUCUCCUCCUCGGCCUGGCCGCUCUCGGAUUCCGACUCCGACUCGGACACACUGCCUUCGUCAAAGCUGUCGUCACCACUGUGCUUCCUAUUCCGCUUCUUGCUGCUCUGUGAGAGCCACGGCAAGAGAAGGGGAGUCAGGUACCAGGAACCAACACUGACGCUGACCCUGUGCAAGGGGAGACCCUACCUUUUUGGCAUCUUUCUCAGAGUCUUCUUUUUUCUCUUCCUUGUCCCCGUCACCCUCGGAUUUCUUAGUUUUGUCAUCACUGGAGCUGUCAUUUUCAACCUACAGGUAAAGACAAAUCACCAGGGGUGUCAGUCUCCCCUUCAGCCUUUACCAGAGGGCCCUGCCCACCCUCCACAGCUGAGCCCACCAGUUCACCUCUCCCGUACUCAAUACUCAACCCUCCAGAGUUCCAGCUCAUUUGGACCCACCACUAAAGCAGCUCCACUCUCCUCCCCAGGCCUCACAGGCAGCACCCAGAGGCCCCAGCACUCAGACCUGUUUGCCGUCUUCUUUCUUGUCAUCCUUAUCAUUGGCCUUGCGCUCUCCAUCCCCCAGGGCUGGUCCAGCCCGACCUUCCUCUUUCUUGCUGGGUUCCCCAGGCUUUCCUGCCUGUUCCUCCUCCUCUUCCUGCUCCAGGAUACGUAGAUCAUUCUCCGUACCUCCUUCCAUCUUAAUCACAGCUACCAACAAAGGGAGCAGAGGCUGUCAGUCUACUUCCAUUUCCAACCAAGACCUUGGUCACAAGACAGCCCCACCCCUCCCAACCCAUAUACCUGCAUCCAGCAUCUUGACAAUGGCAUCAGCUUUGUCUAUGUCCAGCAGAAGAUUAUCAAACCAGCCACUCUCCAUGAGGGACAAGAAUACUCUUAGUCGGUUUUGCAGGGCCCCCCGGGCCUCCUGCCGUCGCUUCCCCACCUCAUCUGGGUGGUACUUAGACCGAAACCUUGGAAGGAAGGGAGGGAAGAGACCAAACAGUCACUGGAGGCCAGGGCCAGGACAUGGGGAGGGGCCCAGGAAAGUUAGGGCAUAGCCCCCAUCCUCUCACACCCACAAAAGAUCAUAAAAGCAGAGAUUAGGGAAAGAGAGGUGCACUAGAACCACCCAAUCCCCCCCAAGAGAACCAGAAGUUAUGCUCUGAGAAGAUCUGGGGGGGAACCAGGAACUAAGAGCUCUGGAUUUGGGAAGAGCAUGACUACAGGGGGAGCCAGAGAUGGAGAGGCAAACUGACUGCCCUAAGUGCCUGGGAAACACAAAUUUUAAAAAACAUAGUUUCCCAAAGCUUCCGAGAGGAAUGCUAAGGAAAUAGUAAGCCCCAAAGAACCUCCCUCUCCUUACCAACCCCAAACUAGUCAUUAAAAAGAUUGCUCCCACCAGCUCCCUCCACCCCUAGGUGGAAGACAAGGGAAACCUGAAAUCACCAGAAAGGAAAAACCAAAAAAAAGGCAGAAUACCUUUCUCCCCCCUUGGGAAGAUAAGCAGAUGGUGAAGGGACAGGGAAAGACCAAAGGGAGAAACUGAAGUGCCCUUAUAACUCAGUUACUGCCCACAGGGAUGGAAAGAGGACAAGGGUGGAGAAUUAUGGGUAGAGCAUGAAAAAGAAAACACUUAAGGGGUGCGGGGAAAAGAAAUUAGGAUAUGGGAAAAAGGGGGAAAGUGUGAGAAAGUCCCAGAAAUCAAAAACAAAUGGGGAAAACUAAAGACCAAAUGGAAACUGGAGGGGGGG